AUGACAUCUCCACUUUACAACACAACAUAUACUCUCCACCGCCUCUCACCUCUCAACUCCUUCCCACCAAUUUCCCCCGACUCUCCUCCAGCUCCCGGCUCUUCUGAAGACCCCAAGCUUCACACACGCUCACUCCUCUCCCUCCUCCGCGGCGACAUCCUGCGAAAUGUGCGAAUCGACGACCAGUCCGACACAACGCUUACGCGCGCAGGCCGCCCCAAAUCAGUAACCUGGAAACCUUUCUCACAUAACGAUGAAGACACACCCCGUGGUGUCGUAAUUGAAUUCAUAUAUGAAAAUAUAACCUAUACCUCCUUCCUGCUCUCGCCACCUCCUGGACGCAAAAUGACUCCAUCAGGCCCAACAACACUUCUCCCACUUUUGCUAACCCGCCUACCAAAAUUGCUUCGUGAGAUAUUAAUCAACUACCUCUCGACGACCUUCGAUACCCUCGCGCUACCUCUCCCACUUGACUCUGAGACCCUCAAGUCACUUCUAGAGUCAUGGCUUGAGACUACUAUGGCUGCGGGUGGGACAGGAGGGAGAACGAGUAUACAGCUCGUAUUCUCGCCUCCACCUCCGGCAGGGACAUCAUUGAAAGCUAUCACUGUAACAGUGGAGCGUGCGGAUAUAGAAGGUUUCUAUAGGCGUGGGUUGAAGCUUCUAGCCACUGGAGUUGGUGUGAAUGGUGCUUUUUUUGAGGGCCUGGGGUGGUAUAUGAGAGGGAACAUGGGGAUCGAGGUUGACGCGUUGCGUCUACUGAAGAUCGCUUGUGGAGGGUUUGUGGUUGGUGGUGGCGUCGGUGGGGGCGCGGGAAAGCUCAAGGUCUUUGAGAAUGGGGAGGAGGGCGCUGGUAUGGAUGUGGUUAUGGGAGUAGUGGAGGCGUGUCUGGUUGGGCUUGAUGGGCUUGACGGGAAAUGA